AUGGAUCAAAGCAACAAAGGAUGUGUGAAAAAGAUUAGCAGUGUGAAUCUUGACAAACUUAUAAGUGAUUUCUCACAAAUAGAAAAGAAAAUCAUGGAAACCAGUGGAAAGAAUAAUAUACUGAAUAUUCAGCUGGAAAAAACUAACAUUUUAUUAAAAGCACUGCAAACAAAGGAGGCUUCUGUUAAAGAAGAAUGUAUUACUCUCCAUAACAUGGUAAAGGGACUACAACAGACCAUUGAAUAUCAACAUAAUUUGAAAGACGAAAAUGAACAAUUAAAAAUAAAUGAUGAAAUUAUGAAAGAAAAAUUAAAAUCUCGUGAACUGGAGUAUAACAAUAAUACUGUCAAACUUAUGGGUGAAAUGAAAGCCAAAGAGGAAGAAUAUAAGAAAGAAAUUGAGAAGCUUUAUCAGGAUAUGCAGAAAAAAGUUGAAUUUUAUGAAGAAAAACAAAAAGAAUUGAUAGCAAAGAAGGAUAUAGAAAUUUCCGAGUUAAAUGCAAAAUUAAGAACUCAGGAACAGGAAAAACAAAAUGAAAUUCUCAAACUACAGGUAGAGUUUGAUGCCAAACUAACAACAAUUCAAGUCAAAUCAAAAUCAAAUCCAGAUUCUACUGCUUUGGCACAUAGUAUCUACAAAAAGAAAUUUCAGCAUCUUCUUGAAGAAAAAAACAAGGAGAUUUCAAUUCUCCGCAAUACCAUUCAUGAUUUACAGCAACGCCUCUCUUCUAUGAGAGAUUCUCGCCUUAAGUCUACUGACAAAGAUGCUUACGUUAAGCGUAAACGACUUUGA